AUGCACUCUUUCUCAACAACCACCACAACAACCUGCCCCCGAACCCAGACUGCUAUGUCCACCAAGCGAUCAGUAUUUGGGAGCAUCAAGGACAGACUGUCGAAGAAGAGCUUCGAGAUGGGCUCGCCGAAAUCCUCGUCGCCAAUCCCUCUGGGCCGGGCGGCUCCUUCGCCAACCAGUGCAUCGCCGUCUAGGGGACGCAGCCCUCUCACUAACCUAUCUCCUGCCACUAGACGGCCGAGACAAGAGCCGCCUCCACCAUCGUACAACGAGGCGAUCAACACUCCUGUGGUCCAGCCUCCACAGGCUCGAGACGUAUCCCCGUCACCCUCCGCGCUCUCUAUCGGCAGCCUGAGCAUCACCACGCCUGAGGAUCCCUAUGCCUUCCUCAGCAGCUUCGACACCAUCUUCCUGAUUGACGACUCUGGCUCCAUGGCAGGCCGCUCCUGGCGCGAGGUCAAGGACGUCCUCCUCAACAUUGCCCCCAUCUGCACCGCUCAUGACACAGAUGGCGUCGAUGUCUACUUCCUGAACCACACGGGAAACAGCCCUGCUGAUCUGGCCAACGGCAAGGCCGCGGGUGGCUACCGCAACAUCACCGACGAGCAAACGAUCGAGGACCUGUUCAGACGUGUAGCCCCGACUAGGGCGACUCUGACCGGAACCGCUCUCUCGCACAUUCUGGGCGCCUACAUCCGCAACUACGAGGCCAGGGUUGCCGCCUGUGGCGGUGAUCCCGACGGCACGGGAGUCCGCCCCAUCAAUGUUAUCGUCAUCACGGACGGAGCUCCCACGGACGACCCCGAGGCUGUCCUGCGCCGCUGGGCGGGUAAGCUCGACAAGCUCGAUGCCCCGCCACACCAGGUCGGCAUCCAGUUCUUCCAGGUCGGCAACGAGCCCGGAGCCACCGAGGCUCUGCGGCAGCUCGACGACGAGCUCGCCCAGGCCGGCAACGGCCGCCCCGCUGUCCGCGACAUGGUCGACACCGUCACCUGGAAUGCUCGCGAUGGCGCCCGCCGCGUCCUCACCGCCGACGCCAUCCUCAAGACCGUCCUCGGUGCCGUCGUCAAGCGCCUCGAUCGCUCGACGGUAAGCGCCGAGGAGCAGCGGAGCAACAAUCUCCUUUCUGUACGAUAG